CGCGGGGUGUUUGACCCGCGCCCGGCCUGCGCCUGCCAGAUUAGCCGCACCGGCACCGCGGUGGCGCGCCCACGUCAAAACCGGAGCGGACGCAGCGCAGCGCAGGCAGCCAAGCGGCGGCAGCGUCAGAGGUGGGAGAGGGGGAGUCAGUCUGCGUCUGCGUGUGUGGGACACACUGGGACACCGACACCUGCAGCGUUUUACGCGGCGGGGGAGGGAGAGAGAGAUCCAGGGAGGGGGGGCCGUAGAAGAUCUGGCUGCUGCUGCUGCCCUGCCCAGAAGGAGAAACAACUAGGAUACCACCGCCACCGGCCCCCGGCAGGCGGCAGGCGGCAGGCGGGCGGGAGAGACGAAAUCUAGGGAGGACUGACUGGACGGAGGAGGAGGAGGAGGAGGAGCGGGGAGAUCUCUCGCUCUUCCGCCCAUGGAGGAGCUGGGAGACGCCGGCCAGGGACCGCAAGGCGACGCCUCCGGGGCCCUUGUCAGGAAGAAGAGGAUGCGGAGGAAGAGCACUGGCCCCGACUCCAUUGCCGAGACGAUCAGGUGGUGGAAAGAGCAGAACCAGAGGCUCCAGGACGAGAGCGGCUCCAGGAAGGCGCCGGCCAAGGGUUCCAAGAAAGGGUGCAUGAUGGGCAAAGGAGGGCCUGAGAACGUCAACUGCGUGUACCGCGGCGUGAGGCAGCGGACAUGGGGCAAGUGGGUGGCGGAGAUCCGCGAGCCCAACCGUGGCCGGCGGCUAUGGCUGGGCUCCUUCCCUACCGCCGUGGAGGCCGCCCAUGCAUACGACGAGGCGGCGAAGGCGAUGUACGGCCCCAAGGCACGCGUCAACUUCUCGGAGAGCUCUGCUGAUGCCAACUCUGGCUGCACGUCGGCGCUUUCGCUGCUGGCGUCUAGUGUGCCGGCUGCCGCGUUGCAACAACGGUCUGAUGAGAAAGUGGAGACUGAGGUGGAAUCCGUGGAGACUGAGGAGGUGGUACAUGAGGUGAAGACGGAAGCGAAGAAUGGUGACUUGGGAAGCGUCAAGGUCACCUGCGUCAUUCAGUCCGCGGAGGAGACUGUGCUACACAAGGAAGGGGACGUAAGUUAUGAUUACUUCAACGUGGAAGACGUCGUUGAGAUGAUAAUUGUAGAAUUGAACGCUGAUAAAAAAUUUGAGGCACAUGAAGAAUACCUUGAUGGAGAUGAUGGGUUUAGCCUUUUUGCAUAUUAGAAAGCACGGUCAUUGGGGGGGGGGGGGGGGGGGGGGGGGGGAGUAGUAGGAAUAGCUUCAUUCUAGAUGAUGCUGAUGAGACAUAGCUUUAUACUAUGAGCCAACCGGUACAACAAGUUGUCCUUUGUGUUGAGUUCCUGUACUAUAGUAGGGAUGAGUUCGUGUUUAAUGAGCUCUCUUGGCUGUUAAUAUUGCACAUUUGUUCGGGUGGGGUGAACUCUAAAUUAGCUCAAGAAAAAGGAAUAAAUUUUUAGGAUUGCAUUAAAUCGCAAGGCAGGCAUAUGAGGAAGUCAUUUCGAUGUAACAGUACAUUCAGUUACAAUAGAGUAUCAUACUCUUUUUUGUGCC